GGAACCAGACUCAAGAUAGAGCACAGACACACACUCCUCUCAGUACUCACACUCAGAGAGCUGCACGCUCCUUUUUACAGUCACAAUCUAGGACCUUCACAAAAGAUGGGGACAUUGAUCCAGUAUCUCAGUGUGGUCUCAGCCAUUGUUCUGUCAGUGCAAAGUCAGCCCUCGUUCAGAGAAUACAUCGAGAGAAGACUGUCUGCUUUCGAGGAUCGGAUAGCUGUCUGGUAUGAUCAGACGCAGAGGUACUCCUCAGAAUACAGAGAAUUCAAAAACCAGGUCCUUACUCUUGUGGAUGGCUUGGAUAAGGAGAGGGAGGAGCUAAGACGCAACCUUGAAUUGGCAACUUCUCGUAUCGAACGUGUAGAGCGAGAGAUGGACUACUUAGAGACCAAAAAUCCAGCACCAGCCUGUGUGGAGGUAGAAGACAAGUUUAUUGAGAAAAAUGUUGAAAAAGGUCCGAAAAAGAAGAAACCUAAGCAUGACAAGUUGAUAGAUUGCAGAGAAAUGAUUGCCAGCAUUAAAGCAAUGAAAAUAGUUAAGAAGCUGGAGACUACUUCCGGCCUGUGGACCAGGGACCUCAUGUCAGACUCUGAGAAGGUCUAUGUCUUUGACGGUAUAGGUAAUGACACAAUCUAUGAAUUCGCCAAAAUAAGGGACCUCACCGACUUCUCUGGUUUGAUGAAAGCAAAGAAAAUCAAACUGCCUUACCCAUGGGCAGGCACAGGUCACCUGGUGUACAAAGGCUUCCUGUAUUACAUUAGAAAUGAGCCCGAGUUCCAAGUGAUCAAAUUUGACCUGAAGAACCAGACAGUGACAGAUAGUGCCAUGUUUCCUGCCGAGCAGCAGAUCCCAGUGUAUAGCCUCUCGCCAUUCAACUACAUUGACCUGGCUGCAGAUGAGCAAGGUUUGUGGGCCAUGUAUGCUACCCUAGAGAAUGAGAAGCACAUCUGUCUUGCCAGGUUGGAUCCCAAGACACUGGAUAUCGAGCAGAUGUGGGAUACGCCGUGCCCCAUAGAGAAUGCCGAGAAUGCCUUUGUCAUCUGUGGGACACUUUACGUAGUGUACAAUAGCAAGCUCCGCAGCCGCUCACGGAUCCAGUGUGUGUAUGACGUCAAUGGCAUAGUGACCAAUGAGCUAGCGCCUUUGAUGUACUUCCCCAAACGAUAUGGGACGCACUCCAGCAUCAAAUACAGCCCAAGAGAGAAUUACCUCUAUGCCUGGGAUGAUGGGUACCAAAUAAUAUAUAGGCUGGCAAUGAAGCAGAAAUCAGAACUGUAAAUUUUGCAUCUAAAUACAUUUCAUUACUAGGAUCAGGAGCCUGCGCAACUUUCCACAAAAGCAAUAAAGAACCAGGGCAAGAUGGAGAAAAAUGAUAAUGCUUUAAGAUAAGUGAUUGGUUAAUUUACCCUGACACCAUUAAAGUACUUAGCACCAUGAAAAUAGAAUCAAUAUAUAAUUAAUUAAGAGGUUUAUAAAUAACUGUACAUUAACAUGUCUGGUGAUAUGUUAUGCAUAAAUGCAUCAAGGGUUUUCCACUGUGUUGCAAGUAGCAGCAGUCAAAUUGAGGAGCUAGUCAAAAGGGAUAACAAAUGCUGGGAAAAACGACCGCAUCAAACACAUUCAUGUGAAACUUUGCACAAUCAUUAAAAAAUUUCAUGCAAUUCCACGCAAACAUGUUGAUGCAUUCAGAUGAUAACAAAUGUCCCUGAAGAAAGAACUUGUGCUUUUUAUGACAUCCCAAAACACUUCACAACCCAUGAAGUACUUCUGAAGUGUAGUCAGUGUUGUAAUAAGCAAUUUGUGCACAGCAAACACCCACAAACAGCAAAGAAACAAAUGAAUAGAUCAUUUGUUUUAGGUGUUGGUUGAUUGGUAAGUAUUGGCCAGAACACCAGGGAACACUGCCUUACUCUACUUUAAAGAUUGGGGCUGGAUUUUACAAAUGCAAAUCAGGUGGGCCCCCUUCCCCCGUGCCUGCAUAAAAUAUGACAUCAGGCUAGCAAUCCAACAUCACCCUGCCACUCCCCGAUAAUACAGAAUGCGAGUGGGCCCCAUGAAAAGGUCAAAUAAUGAGCUGUUAAGCUUGUUAAAAACCUAAUAGACUGCAAUUUCUUGUGGUCCACUCUAUUUUACGGGAGGUGCACAGGAAAGACGGGAGUGAGUUAAGCCAGUUAUGCGGGGACGGCACAAGGGCGCAUGAAAAGGUCUGCAAGCAGGUCCAUACAUGAAUGUAACAGCAGAGUCCGAAGGUGAAAGCUUUUGGUUGUUAGUAUACUUCAAUUGUUCAGGUCCUACAGGCUGACAGAACAAUUGAGGAGAGAGUGAGAGGGCCAGGAGCCUUCAAAUUGGUGGCCAGGACCAACUUCCAGUUCACGGCAUAACCCCUCUCCCACCAGGUGUCUCCUCCAGGCACUCAGUUUGCUAUGGAGCUCCCUGCACCAUGCUAAUUGGCCGGCCAAUCCUUUAUUGUACAUUGUGUAAUGGCUGACUACACGCCCUCCACUUCUGCCUCCCUUAAGCCACCAUUAACUGUAAAAUCCAGCCCAUGGUGUGGAAUAAUUUAUGUUCACCUGAGAGAGCAGGCAGGGCUUCAGUUUGAUAUUUUAUCCAACAGACAGCACCAUCAGCAGUGCAGCACCCUUUCAGUACUGUCAUCAACUAGACCUCUCUCUCAGAUACUGCCUUUGACUAGACUUCUCUCCCAAACACUGUCAUCAAUUGGACCUCUGUCUCAGGCACCAUCAUUGCCUCUAUCUUAGACACUGUCAUUGACUCUCUCCCACAGGUAGCUGAGGUGCUGAAUUAGAUAUCCCUUGAUGUUGGGAUACUUGUUAGCCACAGGUAGGGUACAUGGUUUUAUGGUAGGUAACCUGUUAUCAUUCAGAUCCAUUCAGAAACUAGGGUUUCAUUACACCCAUUUUCAAGGAUCCAGUGCAUAGUUAGAAAACUGUAUUGCUUGUAGCUGAGAAUAGAAUUUGACAAGAUUUGUCAUUUUAUUAUAUAUAUAUGGCACAGCAAAGGAUUUACCUUAGCCAUGGUAAUACACUGGCUUGUCCAUAAUAUCCUGGUACUGGGUUUGCCCCUUACUACCCUGGUUUUAUGUUUAUUCCUGAUACCAAGGUACAAACUGGCUUAUUCCUCAACAACCCAAAGGGUAAAUUCAAUGAGACAUCAGUCCCUGUUGCUGUUGAGUCUAGCUCCACAUUGUUGUAACACCGACUAUUUUGCAACCUAUGACUGUACCGCCUUAUAACUAAUCUAUUAUCCUGUAUGUAAUCACCAUGUUUAUAAUUAUAAUGAUCUGUAUUACGAAUAAUCACUAAGUGUGAGACUAGGUGAUGUAAUUGAUUAAAGUUCUCUGCAUUCUAUUCCA